AUGACAAGCACCACCUCGCACAAUGGCAUUGCUCCAACAAACCCCGCCUUGGAAAUAAAUCCCCUCACCCUCUUCUCCAUCGCGCAGAAGGAAAAAAGACCUCUCUACACCUGUGCACCCAUGGUGCGCUACAGCAAACUCGCUUUUCGCGAAACGGUCGCCCAGUAUGGAGUGGAUCUUUGUUGGACCCCGAUGAUUUUGGCAAAAGAAUUUAAUCGCAGUGUUUUUGCACGUGAUUCGGAUUUCACAACCUCCCCCACUUCUGGCCCAACCAUCGCCCAAUUCGGCGUCUGUUCCCCCCUCGAAAUCUCCCGCUCCACCACCCUCCUCGCCCCCUACGUAAACGGCGUAGAUAUAAACUGCGGAUGUCCACAAUCAUGGGCGUGCGCCUGUUCCAUCGGCGCCGCCUUAAUGCACAAGCGAGAACUCGUCGCGGAAAUGGUCAAGGAGGCUAAAAGUGCACUGAAGAGAGAUGGCUUUGAGGGAAAGAAAACCGUCAGUGUGAAGAUUAGGAUUCACCGGGAUUUACGAGACACAAUCGAUUUCAUCAAAACCGUCCAAGACGCCGGCGUAGACUUCAUCACCAUCCACGGCCGCAUGCGCUCAACCCCCUCCUCACACCCCGUGAAUCUCGAAGCCAUAAAACUUCUCACAACCCAUACCACCGUGCCUACCCUCUCCAAUGGUGACAUAUUCACCCUCUCCGACGCCUUCCAUCACACCUCUUACACCGGUGUCGAUGGUGUUAUGUCCGCCCGCGGCCUUCUCGAGAAUCCUGCCCUCUUCGCCGGCUACGCAUCCACCCCCUGGGAAUGCGUCGAUGUUUUUAUGAAUCAGGUGCUCAAACAACCGAUACCGUUUAAACUCGUGGUGCAUCAUUUGAGCGAAAUGUGCGGCACGGAUCGUUCGCAGAAUGGGGGGAAUAAUGGAUUGUUGGGGAAGGAGGAGAGGAUGAGGUUGAUGGAGUGUAGGGAUAUGGUGGAUGUGAUUGAUUUGAUGGAUGAGGUGAGGGGAUUGCGGAGGUUAUAG